GUACCAGCGCCGGGUUCCCAACCAAGCGCCGGCCGGGGGCGGCCCAAAGGUUGGAAGCCCGGCAUGUCUUAUGCUUCACUACGAGGCCCUAUUUCUCCAAAGCCUGUCAAAGAGAGAACAGGAAGACCUGGUCGGCCAUCUAAACCAAAGCCUCCUCUUCCACUGGGUAACCCAAAGCGCCGCGGCAGGCCGCCAAAAGCGCCAUCCCCUCUACCGUGGCAAGUCUACCGGUCCCUGCCAACCUCGUUUACUGCCUUUUUGUGUGAAUGGAGUGGCUGCAAAGCUGAGCUUCAUAACCUGGAUACUUUACGACGCCACGUCUCUGUGGUGCACUGCCGGAAAGCGCCACUUGUUUGUUGUUGGGGGAAAUGCGCGCAAAGCUCGCAAAGCUCGGCCCCUUACCAGUUCCCUGAUGUACCCUCGCUUCGUGCACACAUUGAGAAGAAGCAUCUCAUACCAUUCAGUUGGCAUACUGGUGACGGCCCGCAGAACUAUGGUGCUCCUAAUCAGCGGUUGAAAGAUGAGGAAAUCCCGGAUUAUCUUAAAGACGAUCAAGGCAAUCAAGUGACGCCGUCUAUACGAGAUCAAGAGGUGGAAGAUUUUGCAACGUGGAAACAUAAUCGUCAGAAACUAAAGGAUCUGCUGGUCCAAUUGAAUGACAAUCUACCAAGCGAAGAAUCAGAUUCUCCUAUUGACGAAGAUUGA